AUGGCGGCGCGUCCCGCCGCUGUGAUCGUGGAACGCGCCUACAAAUACUACGGCAAGAAGGACAAGCCCGAUUACAAGCCCGUGCUUAAUUACCUUAGUAUGACUGUCGAGAAAGGAACUAUAUAUGGCCUAUUGGGUGCCUCAGGAUGCGGAAAAACUACGCUACUCUCCUGCAUAGUUGGAAGACGAAAGCUAGAUGGGGGGAGUAUAUGGGUUUUGGGGGGUAAACCUGGUGAAAAAGGAAGCGGUGUUCCAGGGCCUAGGGUCGGGUAUAUGCCACAGGACAUUGCGCUAGUAGCGGAGUUUUCAGUUCGAGACGCCGUGUACUACUUUGGUCGGAUUUACGGGAUGCCGAUGCAGAAGCUUGUCGAACGAUUCGAGUUUUUGACGAAUUUGUUGGACCUGCCCAGCGGUGGACGUCUGAUAAAGUCACUUUCCGGCGGCCAACAGAGGAGGGUGUCGCUAGCAGCCGCGCUAGUUCAUGAUCCCGAGCUGCUCAUCCUGGAUGAACCUACUGUGGGACUGGACCCAGUUUUAAGAGAACGGAUCUGGGACUUCCUCACCGAUUUGGCUAGAGGCGGAACGUCAGUUAUCAUAACGACACAUUACAUCGACGAAACAAAACAAGCGCACAAGAUUGGACUUCUUCGUGAUGGGCAGUUGCUAGAUGAAGACUCUCCAAGUGAAAUCCUACGUAAAUACGACUGUGAUACGUUAGAAGAGGCAUUUCUGAAGAUGGCACUAAGGCAACAUGAAGUUUCAAAUAGAAGAAGAUCGACUUUAACAGCGUCUCCUGACGUCAUACCGGAUAGCAGUAUUGUGAACAAUGUGGACAGCCGCUACGAGUCAAGGGAGGACUUCAACAUAGUCACCAGUAGUACUGAUAUGCUCAACACCAAAGAAAACACUUCGGAUCGACGAAAUAAAUCUAAGGCGAGGUACAAAGCCGUGUUAAUUAAGAGCAUACAGCAGUUUUCGCGGCAUCCUGGGGGCCUAAUAUUCUCCGUAUUAUUCCCCAUCAUACAAGUGGUCGCCUUCUUCAUGGCAGUCGGCAAUGACCCCAAAGAUUUGCACGUAGCAGUUGUCAAUGAAGAAGCGGCUUCAUCUCCAUAUGGUCUAGAUAUUUGCAAGAACGAGAGUCUAGUGUCUGUGAUAAGGAGGGAUGAUGACACAUGUGAUACUUAUAUGCUCAGCUGCUGGUUCCUAGAGGAGGUGGAAAAACGAAAUCUAUUUCAAGUGCCAUACAACACGACGAACGAAGCGAAGCAAGCCGUGGCGACCCGGUCGAUGUAUGCAGCGCUGCACUUCUCGCGCAACUUCAGCUCGGCGCUGGAAAUGCGCGUGACCGAGGGCAACGUGAAAGACGACGUGCUGGAGGCCAGUAAUGUCGCCGUCUGGCUGGAUACUGCAGACUAUCAAAUCUCCAACUUCGUAAAACUUCAACUUCACAAAGCGUACGAGAAAUUCACGAAGCGUGCCAUGAUCGCGUGCGGUCGGAACGAGGAUCUCGUGCAAAUUCCUGUGCGCUUCAAAGAACCUAUUUACGGAUCGAUGGAUUCCCAAAUGGUUGGGUUUAUGGCGCCAGGUAUUAUGAUUACCAUAAUAUUCUUCCUGCCGGCGAUCGUGACGUCGACGCUGAUGAUCUCGGACCGGCUGGAGGGCGUGUGGGAGCGCAGCGCGGUGGCCGGCGUGCUCGCGCGCGAGAUGUUGCACGUGCAUUGCGUGCUGCAGGCCGUCGUCAUACUGCUGCAGACGCUGGAAAUGAUGGCACUUGCAUACCUAGGAUACAGCCUUCCGUCGAAGGGAUCGUUAUUUACAUGCGGGGCUCUCCUAUUCCUGCAAGGCCUGAGUGGCAUGUGCUACGGCUUCCUGCUUUCCGUACUCUGCUCGAGCUACACUUUGUCUUUCUUUAUAUCUACAGGCAGCUUUUAUCCAAUGAUUUUGCUCUCUGGCAUCGUCUGGCCUUUAGAAGGCAUGUCCGCUGGUCUUAAGGCGGUCGCGAUCACUCUACCCUUCACGAUACCCUCGAUGUCACUCAGGGAUAUCAUGGAGAAGGGAUCUUCCAUCACAGCGCCGGGCGUCUACAACGGAUUCCUCGUCACGUUAGCGUGGAUCGUCCUAACGCUCGGCCUAUGUUUCCUCAGAUUAAAAUACAAUAAAACGUAG